GAGACUCUUAAGAGCAUAAACCAAAGCAACAAAACAAUCAAUGGGGUCUCCAAUGGCCUACUUAGCAGCAACUUUGCUUGUUUUAACAGUCUCUCUGACCUUUGUAUCUCAAUCAACCGCUAACUACUUCUAUUCUUCUCCUCCACCACCUGUUAAGCACUACGAAUACAAAUCACCACCUCCUCCGGUUAAGCACUACCCUCCCCCUCCGGUUUAUCAUUCUCCACCACCACCUAAGAAACACUACGAAUAUAAAUCUCCACCUCCUCCAGUUAAACACUACUCUCCACCACCGGUUUACCACUCUCCACCACCCCCAAAGAAGCACUACGUGUACAAAUCCCCGCCACCCCCGGUUAAGCACUACUCUCCUCCUCCCGUUUACCAUUCUCCACCACCACCAAAGAAACACUACGUGUACAAGUCCCCUCCUCCUCCGGUUAAACACUAUUCUCCUCCUCCGGUUUACCACUCUCCACCACCUCCUAAGAAGGACUACGUCUACAAAUCUCCACCCCCACCGGUUAAGCACUACUCUCCCCCACCAGUCUACCACUCACCACCACCACCCAAGAAACAUUACGUAUACAAAUCUCCUCCUCCUCCGGUUAAACACUACACACCGCCUCCAGUUUACCAUUCCCCACCCCCACCUAAAAAACAUUACGUCUACAAAUCUCCUCCUCCUCCAGUGAUGCACUAUUCUCCUCCUCCGGUUUACCACUCUCCACCACCACCAAAGAAACACUAUGUGUACAAAUCUCCUCCUCCUCCGGUUAUGCACUACUCCCCUCCUCCGGUUUACCACUCUCCACCACCACCAAAGAAACACUACGUGUACAAAUCUCCUCCUCCGCCGGUUAAACAUUAUCCCCCACCGGUUUACCACUCUCCACCACCACCAAAGAAACACUACGUGUACAAAUCCCCUCCUCCUCCAGUGAAGCACUACUCUCCCCCUCCGGUUUACCAUUCCCCACCCCCACCAAAGAAGCACUACGUAUACAAAUCCCCUCCUCCUCCGGUUAAGCACUAUUCUCCUCCUCCAGUUUACCAUUCCCCACCGCCACCAAAGGAAAAGUACGUAUAUAAAUCACCUCCUCCUCCUCCAGUCCACCACUACUCUCCCCCACACCAUCCUUACCUCUACAAAUCUCCUCCUCCUCCAUACCACUAUUAGAAUUCUCUGUCACGGAGAACACGAUGUGCACAAGAAGACAAAGUCAACACGGAAACAUAAUAAGAGAAACAUAGAGUGAAAGAGAGAAUCCAAACAUAAAGCUUUCUCAGCAUCUUCAACGUAUUUUUACUUUUUGUUUGCAAUAAAUUUGAAACAUGUGUGUGUUGAUCAACUAAUGGUCCAUGUACGCAUUCUGUAGUCAUAUAAAUGUGUGUAAGUCUUACGUCUUGUUUCUUUCUGAUUUCUUUCAUGUGCAAGUUUCUAUUAAUAAAAAGACCAUAAAUAAUAAGUUUGUAUUUCUUCAA